AUUUGGGAUCGAGGCCCAGCCAAAAUGACCGGCAAAAUCAUCAUGGUUUCUUGUUUGAAAAUGGUGUAAGGAACUUGAUCUUGCUUCUCACUUGCAGCUAUGGAUUUUCAAAAUCGUGUUGGAUCUAAAACAGGUAGUGGAGGUGUUGCAUCAUGGUCAGAGUCGAACCGAGAUCGGAGGGAAAGACUCCGUCAGCUGGCUCUUGAGACCAUUGACCUCAAUAAGGAUCCAUAUUUUAUGAAAAAUCAUCUUGGGUCUUAUGAAUGUAAGCUAUGUCUCACACUGCAUAAUAAUGAGGGGAGUUAUCUUGCUCACACACAAGGAAAAAAGCAUCAACAAAAUCUUGCAAGAAGAGCUGCAAAGGAAGCAAAAGAGGCCCCGGCUCAGCCUGCCCCUGAAAAGGCCCGUGUUAACAUAAAGAAGUUCGUGAAAAUUGGUAGACCCGGAUAUAAAGUUACAAAGCAACGUGACUCUGAUUCGGGACAACACAGCCUUCUAUUCCAGAUUGACUAUCCUGAGAUUGGUGAGAGCGUCGCUCCACGUCACCGUUUCAUGUCGGCCUAUGAACAGCGUAUCGAGCCUCCAGACAAGACUUGGCAGUAUCUUCUUAUUGCUGCAGAACCGUAUGAAACUAUUUCUUUCAAGGUUCCUAGCAGAGAAAUAGACAAGUCCGAAAACAGGUUCUGGACACAUUGGAACAAGGAUACUAAACAAUUCUUUCUGCAGUUCCACUUUAAGUUGACCCCGUCUCAAAUUCAGCAGAAUGCAGCCCAAAAACUGCAACAGCAACAACAGCAAGAGCAUAAGAUGAGGAAGCAGCAUAGGCCACCGGGACCUCCAAUGAUGCCGCCUCCGCCACCGGGAAUUGCACCAACUCCGCCACCAAAUUUCCCUCCUCCUGGACCCCCGCCACCCGGACAUAGAGGUCCUCGUCGUGACGGAGACAUGUUCCCGCCGCAUGGUGGCCUUCAGCCUCCUAGAGGUCCACCUAGGCCGCCAGGCAUGGAUAUGCAAGAGGGCCCACCCAUGGGAGAGCCACUUCUUCACCCGCCACCUGGGAUGCCACCAUCAGGUCCACCUGGCACAGAGGGCAGCUUCCGACUCCCACCUCCAAUACCGCCGCCAAAUUUAGGUCAUCCUCCGCCAAGACCUGCUGGGGAUGAUAACGAGGAUAUGGAUUAGAGAGGUGACCUUGGAAUCAUAAGAUUAACGCUAGCCAUCAGAGAAGUGCCAAAGCACAGCUAGGGGAUGACGUAACUUCUGUUAUAUUCUUCUGCAAAAACGUACCAAGGUUUUUGUUGCUAGAAAGAAGGUAAAAUAAAGAUACUUCAAAGAACUCAUUAAUUUUCGUCGGUUAAACUCUGUACUUUCGUUUCAACUUCAUCAUUAUAGUUGUAUGUUGCAUGUCGCAUGAAAGGCUCAUAUUCAUUAUUUUC